GGGACAAGCAAUUCAAUUCAAACCUCUAUCUUCGAUCUCUUUGAGUUUGAGCCAAUUAAUUUCUAGGAAAUGGAGAUGUUAAUAUUUAUAUAAUUCCAAGGAAUCCUGUUGAGUUCUGUUACCAGUCCAUCUCACAUUCUUCCGUUGGUUCUCAUAAGAAAGAAAUGUAUAGUUCUCAAGCCAAUACAAAAUAUGCACCGGGAGGGUAUCCAACAGCUCCGAUGAACGUACACCAUUCCCAGUCUUAUCCCACUCCAUCCAUCUCCACCUAUCCCGGAGCCACUUCCCGGUGGUCCACCGGCCUUUGCCACUGUUGUGAUGAUCCUGGAAACUGCUUGAUCACUUCUUUCUGUCCAUGUGUUACCUUUGGACAGAUUGCUGAGAUUAUUAAUAAGGGUUCAAUACCUUGUGCAACAAGUGGGGCAGUUUACGCCUUGCUUGCUCUUACAGGCCUACCAUGCUUGUAUUCCUGUUUCUACAGAUCAAGAAUGAGAGCACAAUAUGACCUGGAGGAAGCACCCUUUGCCGAUUGCCUGGUUCACUUCUGCUGUGAGCCUUGUGCACUUUGUCAAGAGUAUAGAGAGCUCAGGAACCGUGGCUUUGAUAUGGGGAUCGGUUGGCAAGCAAACAUGGAAAGACUAGGCCGAGGUAUUACAGUGGCUCCUGUUGUCGGAACCAUGACAAGAUGAUUAGUAAUUACCCAAGUGGACUUUCUGUUUGAUGUGACAGCUUUCUUCAAUAUUCUGAUUUGUUGAACUGCAUGAUUUUCUUUUAUGUUGUACCCUUAGGAAUGCAGAAUUUAC